AUGCAAAAGAAUCAAAUUCUAGCCAUUGCUGAAUCAUUGCAACGCCAAUGGUUAGCUUUGCCGAGAAAUAAACGUGCUGAAAACCUCUCUGUAUCUUCUGAGGACGAGAAACUGGUUCGACAACUGGCAGCUCAGCUCACUGACGCCAGUUUGAUCCCCGUUUCCAACAAUGCAUUCGAACGGCAACUAGCAAAGGAGAGCAAACGAGUGCUGGUGUAUGAAGAUCGCGACUUGUUGGACCUUGCACUAGAAUAUGUGCCUAUUGCACAGCUGUAUGACGAUGCAGAAAUUGAUCUUGAGCAAUACCCAGAUUGGGGACUAGAGGAUGUUGUCAUCAUCAAACUUCUUGCCUGGUUUAAGAAUUUCUUCUCAUGGGUUGACCAACCUGCCUGCCAAUUUUGCUCGUCUCCAACCAUAGCCAUAGGAAGAGGAAAGCCAAAUGUGGACGAUAUUCGCCAUGGAGCUUCCGUCAUUGAAGUGUAUCAAUGUCAACAAUGUCAUCAAACAAACCGGUUUCCGAGAUACAAUAACCCUUCAAAGCUCUUGGAGACUCGUAAAGGCAGAUGUGGUGAAUGGGCAAAUUGCUUUACUCUAUGUUGCAGAGCGGUGGGAGCGGAGGCUCGAUACAUUCUAGAUACGACAGAUCCAGAUCAUGUAUGGACUGAAGUUUACUCUCAGGCUCAGCAGCGUUGGGUACAUUGCGAUCCAUGUGAGAAUGCAUUCGAUAGGCCCUUGCUGUACAGUGCUGGAUGGGGAAAGUCAUUAAGCUACUGUAUUGCGUUUUCGGCGGAGGAAGUAAUGGACGUCACGAAACGAUAUACCACCAAUUGGCCUGUAGUCUUGACACGAAGGCAUGCGACGUCAGAGUCAGGGUUAUCCAAGGUACGGAGGCUAUCUCAUGCGUCGUAUGGUCGAUAG